AUGGGGGACAAAUCGCCAGGAAAAGUGAAAUCGUGUGAGCUGGCGAGGAAAUCUUUCGAAACUCAAAUUCAAGGAAAAGGCCCUGAGAAGGGGCAAGAUGAUCAGAGUGGGGUGGAAGGCACUGGUGUCAGAGAACAGAGAGAGAACUAUAAUCCCAGAAUUACCAGUUGCUCUGCAAGUGAAGAAAGUGAAGGCAAAGGUAAGGACUUCAUGUUAAUUGAAUCAACAACUCUAUUGGAGGAGGGGCUAAAUGUAAGGCUUAACUUCCAAAAUCUGCAACAAGCAAAGAAAGUCCAAGCAGCCACAUGGAAAAGGAGAGGAACCUCUGAUGGUAGACUGUUAAGGAUGGAUGAGGACAUGACUGGAUUACAUAAAGAAUCUUCGGGGAAGAGAAAUAGAGAAAUAGUCUUAUGGCUGAAAUUAGAGGGUGUCAAUGAGGCUGUGAAAGAUGGGUGGGAUAUUGUGGUAGAAGGAUCUCUGAUGUUUCAAAAUCAUCUAAGCAUUCUAAUUAAAAAUGGAGUGAACACAAAGCUAAAUGACCACAAUUGGAUUCCAGAACUCCAGGAUGGUAUACCCAAGUUGAGGGUGCAGAUUGAAGGGCACAAUUUCUGUGUGAAAGACCUACUAAUGGCUGGAGGAUGUGAGUGGGAUGAGACCAUUCAUUAA